GGUUAUAGGUGGUGGCCAGACAUAACGACAUAGCAGGAGUCUCCGGUGACACGGUUGCGUUUGGAUUUGACGUAGUUGCUUCUACUCUCACAUUACGGGACAUUUUUUUUUGUAGCUCCUCGAGUUUUAGGUUCUACUGUGCACAACUGAGAGCUAGAGAUCACGUAUUUGUUUAUAGAACCGUGCGCGUCUGUGACGGAAUCAAAACAACAAUGCAGAGUGGCACAAAUAAAUCACAUACAGCCAAUGAAUUAAGUGACGCGGUGCCUGUGUUUUUAGGUUUGAGUUCGCAGUUUAACGAGAUAGUGGAUAAUGGACGGGGCGACAUUCCCUUCUCUGCAGACAGCGGCCCAAAUUACGGAAACCGUUUCUCCAUCUCGGAGGAUUUUGGAGCUGGCGCCAGUUUGACCUCAUUAACCACCCAGAUGUCGAGGAAAACGAUAAUUAUAUCAAAUGGGCCAUCAUUCGAAGUAAAUCAAGACAUUUGUGGACAAAAUGACUUGGGUUUUUUACAAACUCUGGAGCGCGAAAGGGACUGCGAAUGGAACGUGACAAGGCCUACGCACGAUUUGGAGAUGGCCCAAGGUCUCCGUAAAAACUCGGACAUGUUCGUGAAUCUGGAUAACGGUAACGCAGUGCCCUCUCAGUUUGACGAACUGUUACCUUUAAGUUCUCCAUUACGUAAAGACCCCCCAGCCCUGGUGUUUGGUAGGGACUUUCCGGACACAUCGACACAAACCAGCAGCCGUAACAUCAAAAUCGAACCAGGGCAUGAGGGACCCUGUCCCGUGGCGGAUGGAUCUUGGUUCUGUAAAUAUUGUGACAACGGAAAUUGCAUGUCUCGUGGAGCACGUAAACCCUUUCCCUGUACCUCGUUCCCUGGGGUUAACUAUACGGACUAUGACUCUGGGAUGCCACAGGAGUUUCAUGUCCAGGCGCAAAGUUACCAAAGUGUGAUGAUGGGUGAAAGGGGUCUCCAAGUGUAUCAUUCCGCUAUCAAGAAGGAUAGUUCUGGAUGGAUGGGUGCUGACCCCAGUUUGAGAUGUGAGGAUAUGUUGCCAGUGAGGGUGUAUUUCUCAGACCGGAGGGUGUGUAAGGUAUGUGGAGACGAGGCAUCAGGCUGUCACUAUGGAGCUGUUACCUGUGGGAGCUGCAAGGUGUUCUUCAAGAGGGCCGCAGAGAGUAAGCAGAAUCACCUGUGCGCCAGCCGUAACGACUGCACCAUCGACAAGCUGAGGAGGAAGAACUGUCCUUCCUGUCGUCUCAGCAGAUGCUUCCGGUCUGGAAUGAGCCUCAAAGGCCGGAAGCUGAGGGGAGCUGGCCCACUGAAAGGAGGAGUGGAGGGGGGAACACAGGCACCUGGCAGAGAGAGGCCUGGAGAGAUGGAAGGAGAGAGGCCUGGAGAGAGGACUGGAGAGAGGCCUGGAGAGAGGGAAGGAGAGAGGACUGGAGAGAGGGAAGGAGAGAGGCCUGGAGAGAGGGAAGGAGAGAGGCCUGGAGAGAGGGAAGGAGAGAGGCCUGGAGAGAGGACUGGAGAGAGGGAAGGAGAGAGGACUGGAGAGAGGACUGGGGGACUACAGUUAGCCACCAUUUCCCCACAGGCUCAAUGCUGUGGUGCUUCGCAGGCUCCCACUCUUGGUCCCUCCCCUAGUCUACGCCCCUCCCUCCUCAACGUCCUGAGUUCCAUCGAGCCAGGAAUGGUCAACGCAGGCCAUGACACCUCCCAGCCAGACUGUUUCACCUCCCUACUGUCCAGCCUCAACGAGCUGGGAGAGAGGCAACUGGUGUCUGUGGUGAACUGGGCUAAAGCCAUGCCAGGUUUCAGACAGCUGCAUGUAGAAGACCAGAUGUCAGUGAUCCAGUCUUCAUGGCUGGGGUUGAUGGUGUUCGCUCUGGGCUGGAGGUCUUACACUAACACAGACGCUGGAGAGCUCUACUUUGCUCCUGACCUCAUCUUCAACGAUCAGAGGAUGCGUGUGUCCAGUAUGUAUGAACAUUGUGUCCGGUUCCGUCUGCUGUCCCAGAGGUUCUGUCUGCUCAGAGUCACCCAGGACGAGUUCCUCUGUAUGAAGGCUCUGCUCCUCUUCAGCAUCAUCCCUGUGGAGGGUCUGAGGAAUCAGAAGUGUUUUGACGAGCUGAGGAUCUCUUACAUCAAGGAGCUGGAUCGUCUGGCCAGCCACCAUGGAGAAAAACACCACACGCAACGUCUGUUCCAGCUAACACAGCUACUGGACUUCCUACACCCGAUUGUAAGGAAGCUGCACCAGUUCACCUAUGAUCUGUUUAUCCAGGCCCAGUCUCUGCCCACCAGAGUCAGCUAUCCAGAGAUGAUCUCUGAGAUUGUCAGCGUUCACGUGCCCAAGAUUCUCACAGGCAUGGUUCAGCCAAUCCUCUUUCACAAUGCACCUUGCUAGAGGGUCAUCCCAUUACAAUUCAUCCUAAAAGAGGGACAGACAAUAACAAAACAAUCUGCUAGACAUUCAACCCAGGGUCCCCCAUUGAUUUUGUCAGUCUCUCUCACUCAGAUAUCAUAUGAACUCAUAAGUCCUGGAAAAAUGUGUAGAAUUGUAGAAAAUUGGCUUUAAAACAGCAAGAUUUUCUCUCCACCCCAUUGCAAAAUGAGUAGAAUAGCAUGAAAUGUGUUUUAAAACUGCAGCAUUUUCUCUCUGCCUCAUGGCAACAUUUGUAGAAUAUCAGGAAUAUAUGCUUUAAAACCACAACAUUUUCUCUCCUCCCCAUGGCCAAAUGUGUAGAAUAUCAGGAAUAUAUGCUUUAAAACCACAACAUUUUCUCUCUGCCCCAUGGCCAAAUGUGUAGAAUAUCAGGAAUAUAUGCUUUAAAACCACAACAUUUUCUCUCUGCCCCAUGUCAAAAUGUGCAGAAUUGCAGAAAAUGUACUUAAAAACAUUUAUUUUUUUUUGCCGUCAAGAGGGGUACCAGUGAAAUGUUUUACCCGCGAGGUGGGAGUAAACCUAACCCUGGUUCAAUAUAUCACAAAACACCUUGGAGGUCAAAACUAUAACUAUAACCUUGUUAGACACCCAACCAUUUACUGUACAUAAUUAGACACAAAGCCAUCGAUGACAUCAUAUCAAGUCAGUUUUAGCAUGCUAAGAUGGCAUCUCAUGAGGGAGGUUUAUGUAGACAUCACAUGCACAGUUUGAGCUACUCCAGGAAGUGAUGUUGCAGGCUAGCUCAGUGCUGCCCCUCUCAUUGAGUUUCUCAAGUUGAAAUGAUAGCCGACCGGGGUACUGCAGGCUGCCAUAGCAACUCAAUUAUCCAUAUAACUUCUUUGUGUGAUUUAAAAAAAAAAGUUGGUUCAAGGACAUACAUCUGUUGUAAUAGAAGCAAUUAUCUGGAACAUGAUUGUCUUCUAAUGUUUUUUUCUUUUUUUUCUUUGAAUAUUGACCUGAAGGUUGCUAUUUACUAUAUGGCAACCAUUUGCUUUAACAGGGGAUCCUGCUUUCUGGAAAAAAACAGCCUGGCUUCAAUGAGAGGUGGCAGUUGGUCUCCCCUGGGUCCCACACAUACUCUUCAUUUGCACUGCUAGUCACUAGCCUGGAAUCCAAACUGAAUAUCAUUCUGUAUUGUUCACUAUCCUUCACUUCACCGGCAGUCACCAGAAUCUAUGCCAUUGAUUACGUUGGAUCCCCUGAUCUCAAGCUGGGGUUUGAUCCUGAAUGUGCAUCUCAGAUUGUUGUUUUUCGCUUUUACUUUUCAGUUUACCAUUAUUUUCUCUUUCAUAGUUUCAGCAAAAUGUAGUAAGUAGUACAUUACACAAUAUGUCAAAAUAAGACAUAAUUCUUCUGAAUUACACAUCAUUCAUACUCUAUAGACACAGACAAAUAGGUGCCUAUAGCUGUUCAUUUGAAUUACACAUCAUUCAUACUCUAUAGACACAGACAAAGAGGUGCCUAUAGCUGUUCAUUUGAAUUACACAUCAUUCAUACUCUAUAGACACAGACAAAUAGGUGCCUAUAGCUGUUCAUUUGAAUUACACAUCAUUCAUACUCUAUAGACACAGACAAAGAGGUGCCUAUAGCUUUUCAUUUGAAUUACACAUCAUUCAUACUCUAUAGACACAGACAAAGAGGUGCCUAUAGCUGUUCAUUUGAAUUACACAUCAUUCAUACUCUAUAGACACAGACAAAGAGGUGCCUAUAGCUGUUCAUUUGAAUUACACAUCAUUCAUACUCUAUAGACACAGACAAAGAGGUGCCUAUAGCUGUUCAUUUGAAUUACACAUCAUUCAUACUCUAUAGACACAGACAAAGAGGUGCCUAUAGCUUUUCAUUUGAAUUACACAUCAUUCAUACUCUAUAGACACAGACAAAGAGGUGCCUAUAGCUUUUCAUUUGAAUUACACAUCAUUCAUACUCUAUAGACACAGACAAAGAGGUGCCUAUAGCUGUUCAUUUGAAUUA